AUGGCAUCUCCUGGUUUAAAAAGACGUACAUCCAACACAGAUCCACUAAAUUCUACGGUCACAACGAGUUAUAAUCCGGUCAGAGCAUUUUAUGAAUUACCUGAAGGUAAACCAACAGCUGCUCAAAUCGUGAAAGAAUCGAGAGACUGGCUACGUUCAGUUUCAACGUGUAGACCGUUUACACCAAAAGAUAAAACAAGGUCGUUAUUUGGUGUCACAUCACAGACAAGAACUAGGUACAGACCAUCUAGUUCUUUCAAAGUUACUGCAAACUGCUUUGAUCCUUAUGAAUCAACAGUUAAAUCCAGUAUCCAGUUGGAACCGAUCGACACAAAGAGCAAGAAUAUCCAAAAACAACCAAAAUGCAGUAAAUCAGAGAUAAGUGCUUCCCUAAAGAAAAGUUCCAAGAAACAGGACGAUCGAAUUCGUGAUUAUAAUAUAGCCUCUCAGUGUCCAUCGCUUGGGUUAACGGAUGAGUCUACUUCAACUGGUGGUCGUAAAAGUUCACCUCGUUUGGAACUUAUUGGUACACAGACACGUCUUAUCUCCCCUAUUAAUGUUAAACGCCCAGCAUAUCUAAGUGUCAAAACAGAUGGAAGCAACAUUCCUAAAUUCUCCAAUACUAACGUUGUUGAAUCGCCAAGGAUAUCAAACACUCCACAAUAUUUAGCAAACAAGCUUGAGGAAGGAAAUAAGAUAAAAGGUAUAUCUUCGAAAAUCAGUCCUGUCCUACCCAAUAAAUAUUCUUGUACCACUAAAACAAAUAUGAAAGCAUCGACAAACAGCUUUUGUCGUAGUCCUUCACAGGUGUCCACACUUUCCUCAUUGGAUGAUAAUCAGUCACCGCGUCCAAACAGUCCAGCUGGUUUACACUUGUUACCAAAUAGAACAGCUUUUAUCGCUGAAGAGGAUAAAUAUCACUUGAGAUCUAAUGGUGUUCGAUCUGCUGUCAUUUCUACAAGCAUUAAAACGGAACUUACUAAAACACUUAUUGAUGAAAAUAAGCCUAAAUCCAGUGGUCCACAUACCAAACAUCAACGUCAAGUCAAUUAUAACAUCAAUAAAAUAAAUUUACCCGACAAAUUUCAAACGUCUGCUUCCGGUGACUCUGGACUGUCAUCUGGAACAGAGUUGGAUCAUCUAAUUUAUCAACUGAGUGAAUUGUCAUUUUCUCCGUCAUCAUCACCAAAUGUAGCACCAGUACUAUUAUCACCUCUAAAUAUACAAAAUCCUAGAACCCCUGAUCUAGAAAUACUAUUUGAAGACAAUAAAUCAGUCCAACCGUAUCACGAGCAUAAAGGAAAGAGUGAUGAAAUAAUUCCUUUAUCAAAAUGCACAGUACAACAGGAAGAUGAGAACGAUGAAGACCACUCAACAUUCAUUUUUAACAAACUGGAUGAAGAUAAGAUUAUAGAUUUAUUGAAUCGUAUCACCAGUUACAUAAGUGAAUUCGGUUUAGAAGGAAAUCAGAACUCGUCCAGCCGAUCAACGCUUCUGAAAUCCGUUUUCGAUCUAAUAAAUUAUCCUUCAUCAAGACUACAUUUAACCAUUGCAAAGCUGGUAUUUUCAAUGAAUGUGGUUGGCAGAAAUCUAUCGAAUAUUUGUAAAAUUGUAUACAGAGUAGCUAAAGAUCCUGACAACGACUACUUAUUUUUGGAAAACUCGGAUACACUCGAUACUUUAAUUGGAGCCAUGCAACUGUUAGAUGUACCUGUUUCAUCCAUAUCAUCUUCCUCAUCCACUCCAUGUCAGUCAUUCUACUCAUCUUUUACAUUGGAUAAUUUACUUCAGAAUUCAACAUUAUUUUGUUUAAAACUAGAGAGUUUGUUAUUUGUAACAGGAACAAUCAAAUUCCUUAUAAGUAAUGUCAAUUUUAUGGAAAAAUUUCAUUCUAUUCCAAAGUUUUUGCAAAAUCUAAUGAUUCUGCAUCAACAGAUAUUUGAAUUAUCACUCUAUUUAUGUAAUAAUGCAAAAUAUCAACAAUCGUUAUGUACUACUGAGAAGGAGGAUAAUUCUAAUGAUAGUAAUAAGGAAUAUGUGAAUACAUUUAUACAACAUUCAUACCAUAUUUUAAUGCAGGUUACAGAGAUUUUUUGUUAUCUGAGUUCCAUGGAUUCAUUCCGUCCAAAACUAAUGGUGCAUGACGGUAUACUGGAGCAUAUUGUAAAUUGUAUUAUCAGUUAUCACGAGUACAUCCGUAAACAAGUUACUGUAAAAGAUAUACAAAGUGUUACAGUAUUCAGUUUUUCAGAAUUUUAUACUGUUUACUUUAAUUGGAUAAGAUGUUUAUCUCAUUUAACUGAACAUGCAGAUGUUUGUCAUCAUUUAGAAAAUUGGUUAAUAUCUGUGAAAGACAACGUCAAUCUGUAUGCUAAUGAUAAGCACGAAAAUCCAUUAAACAUCUCCAAGACCGUAUUGACAAGAAUUACAACAUUGUGUCAGACGUUGAUGUAUUCAUUAUAUUUCUAUAAAGAAAAUGAGGACCUUGUUGUAAGAAUUGUCUAUGUACUUGGAAAUCUGGCUGCUAGAUGUGAACGUGCACGGGUUGCAAUUUUGCCUAAUCAAGAGUCAUUAUUAAAAUUGUGUGAAUUUUGCCGCCAGUAUAAUUCACCGAUACCUAGCAAAGCGACUGAUCAUUCUGCAACCGACGAGAAUUCAUGUGAGCCGAAGAAUGUUGAAAAGGGUUGGACCAUGCUCAGCGGUAGUAACAGUAACCUAUCAAGUGACUGCGCAACGGUUGCGUUGAAUAAAUCCAACCGUGUAGCAUAUACAUCACAAUACGAUAUCUUAGUGAAACUGUUAAGGAUUAUUGCUAACGUCACUAUUAGUGAUACUGUCGGAUUUCUAUGUACAACAAAUUUCGACUGUAUAAAUUUGAUCCUGGAAAUCACAGAGAAUCAACAUACGGGUGAACCAAAUGAAUUACUGCUCAAUUGUUUCGCUUGUUUAAACAAUUUAACUUAUUACAUCAAAAAUGAUUUAACCGAAGAAUCUGUCAUAAAACAGUGUGAAAUAGCUGAAAGUCUGUUACGGGCUAUGAAUAAAACCUCUGGUUAUCAAGACGAAUUUCUCGGUAUUAUACGUGUGUUUGGAAAUUUGACACGUCAUUCAACGAUAAGACAGUGGUUAAACUGCAAUUCCAAUCGUCUGUUACAGGUUACUGCUAGUAAUCGUGGUCCACUUGAUGAUAACGAUGAUGACAAAAAUUUAAAUGAGCUUGGUCAACAAAACGCCUUCCUCUAUCUACUUAUCCAGGCAUUAGAUUCUUCACGACCAGACCUGGUUUACAGUACAUUAGGUGUGCUUAUCAAUUUGAUGACAGACAUCGAGCAAAGACCAAUGCUACGAACUCUUGAAGGUUUACCAAGACUCUUGGAAAUUCUGAGAGAUUUUGCUGGACAUGAUUGGCAGUUAGCUGGAUUAUCAUGUAAAGCAUUAUGGAAUUAUACAGAGUUAGUUGGUGAAUCGUUCAGAGAACUUUUCGAUCCAGAGAUAAUGAAUGAACUGUUCAGUCUGCUAACUGAAUUCACCGAUACAAAUAUUGUCACGCGAAUACACAAUGCAUUGUUAUCAGAUAGUUUAAUUACUGAAUCUGACUGUUUGACACUUUGGGAAGCAGCAUGGUCCACUGAAUUUCUCCCUGUUGCCAAAGAUCUUCUUCAUCGUUUAUCAAAUGCUUGA